GACGCUACGUCAGGGAUGCAAUUUUAGUUUCGUUUCUCGAAGACUGCUUGACACUGCCAUUUCUGCAGCCAUGGCAAACGCUAGGGAAGAAUUGGGAAGGGGUGCUGGCCUGGAGGACGAACUCAGCUGUCCCAUCUGCCUGUCUCUGUACAAGAACCCGGUGUCGCUGAGCUGCGGUCACAGCUUCUGCAAGCUCUGCAUCCAGAAGGCUCUCGGGGCCCAACAGCAAUCCAAGACCCCGUACUUCUGUCCCAUGUGUAAGCUCCAGCUGGGGCCUGUCCUCGAGCUGCAGAAGAAUUUCAAGCUGUGCAGCAUUGUGGAGGCAUUUCUGGCUACCACUUCCAAAGGACAGCAGGGUGAGGGCUCUGCAGAGGGGAAGAAGGAGGUGGUUCCCUGUGACUACUGCCUGGAUCAGUCCCAGCCAGCUGUGAAAACCUGCCUCAACUGCAACGCGUCUCUGUGCGAGGCCCACCUGAGCAAACACAAUGCCAAGGCUCCCCAGCAGGACCACGUCCUGGUGGAGGUGGGCUCAGGCAGGAGUGCGGAGGGGAGGUGGUGCCAGGAGCACAGCAGGCCGCUGGAGUGCUACUGCCAGAACGAGGAGCAGUUUAUCUGCAUGCUCUGCUCCAUUGCGGGCUGCCACAAGGGCCACGACAUCAUCACUCUGAAGGAGGCACAUGAGAAACAGCUGGCUCUACUCUCAGACAAGGUGACCUGGCUGCAGGAACGUAGCCGUGCUUUAGCUGGCAUCCUAGAAGACCUUCUUGAAAAUGAGGAUCAGAUCAAGACCAACACAAGAACAGUGACUUCUCAGCUGAAAAAGCUGUUUGAAGAGAUUAAAACAGAGAUGAUUCAGAAAGAGAAGAAGAUCCUGAGUGACAUUCAAAUGAAUGAGAGAAAACAACUGGAAGAGAUUGCCAAAGCGAAGGACACAACGAAACAGCUGAGAGUUGAGGUUUCACAGCAUCUUCAGUCUUUGCAGAAGAUGAGAGAGCAACAAGAUAUUUUCAUCUUCUUCAAAGAAUUUAAAGUGGCAAAGAACAGGAUUGCAAGUCAGAAUGUCAGCAUCAACAGGAUGAAUGUGGUGGUGGUGAAUCUGGAAGAGGCUAGGUUCAGCAACUGCCGACAGCUGUACAGAGGCUUCAUGAAUCAGCUGGAUAUGCUGGCCCAGUAUGCAUAUAAUGAACUCGUGAACCAAAUUAGGCGGAACUGGCUCUUCAAAUCAGCGAGACUGAACAGGAAGGCUGCAAAUACCAGAGCUUCUUCAAAUUUGAGUGAAGCUUUUCCAUCUUGUGUACUCCUAUAGCAGAAACCAACUGAAAGGAUCAGCGUGCUUCAAGUGGCAAGGUGUAUGGUCCACACAUGCCCAGAAGUAAGAGAAAAAGAAAUCAGAACUGAGAAGGGAAGAAAAAAAAAUGAAUACUAUCAAAAAUGUCCUCUAAGGAGGGGGACCUGCCAAGCAUCUUGACCUCCCCUGCUAGUGAAAGCAAUUCUGUAGCAUAUGCUGGUUUAGCAAAGAAGCACUAAUUAAAGCAAAUGUAAGGAAAUCUCUAACUGCUGCCGACUUCCAAACGGUGGACUAUUUCAUCUCAUGGUUCCAGUGACUCUUCUGUACUAUUAAUUGUGGUGACUAUGUAUGUGAUUGGAUAACUAAAUAAGUGGCUAUAGAUACAGAUAAGCGAGGCUGGCCCAUUUCCAACCCUCACCAGGCUUUAACUGUUGAGAGCAUUGUGCAUGGCUGCAGUAGAGAGCUGUUCAGGAGCAUGCCACAGAUUUGGAGUAUCACAUUUUACACAAGUGAUCUUUGUAGGAAAGAAAUGUGCAUGAAACCAGCUUGGUCAGCCUCUAAGCCACAUUUUAACAUUCGUGCAGAGUGCUCAGAGCCAUGUGGAAUACCACAAUCAGCAGCAGGCAAAGGUGCUUUGGUGGCCACAUCUCCUUGCGUACAGAUGUUCUUUUUUGGUCAAGCACAUGCUGAGCUUUCCAGAUGUAGCCUUUACUGCAUGUGUCAACUCCACAGAGGGAUUUCAUGGACAGUGCCAGGCAGAUGGUUUCACUCUUUGUUGCUGUAGGCUGUACCUAGCUGUGAUUCAGAUCUAACACAGGAACACCAGACCUGUCUGUUUCUUCUUCCAAUGGCAAAAAUAUUCUACUGCAAACCACAGUUUCCAACACAGAGAUUUUUAAUAAGGGCUAAAGUUCUGGGUGCUUCUAUGUAAAUUAGGAUUCAUGGCUAUAACUCUGUUGUGUCAGGUGUGAUGAUCAGCAUAUAUCUAAUGGCAGGGAUUAAACCCAAUAAACUCUACAGAAUCCAUCUUGGGUUUAAAGUUUUCCUUUAUGGUUUAAAUGGACUCACCAAGCUGUAAGGGAUCUGCAGCCCUUGCUCUGCUGUACACAUCAAUUGUCAGCCUCACAGAAAGUGCAUGGCUACAUUCUGGGAGCUCAGAAGUAGCUCAAGGUGACUUUACAAGUAUUCCUUACUGCUCAAAACCAGCAAGACACAAAGGACAGAUGCUCUCAACCACUUAAAUGAGGCAAAAGAAAUGAGUCUGUCUUUCAGCACUUUUAUUACCUGGGCUGCUCUCUGGCUGCUGGGUGGUUACUGCUUUCACCCCAGGUGCAAGAGCCGUGACCAGACAACGCAGUUCAGUGCUACUGCUGCUGGCAGCGAGUUACUGCACUGCUGCAAAUCACUCCAGAGAGCGAGAGCUUUACUCAAACACAGAUUUUAAGUCACUUGCAGCCCCACAGUCUCACAGCACAUCCUCUGUCAACUACAGCUAGGAGAUGUCAGCACCCCUGUAGUCCUUAUGAAAUAUCAGUUUAGUAUUUCCUCAGCAAAACCUGCAUUGCAAACAAGUAUUCCCCUUCCUCCAACCACAGGCUGCUGUGGGAGACCUGGAGCUCUGUUCUGCCCCUUCCCAGCAGAGGGAGGGGGCCACUGGCAGCAGAGUGCUGAGCAAGUCCUGCACUCUGUGACAGCUGCCCUCACCAGCGUGUUCCUGGGUGUGUGGCUACCCCCAUGCCUGCAAGCAAGUCUCAUUUUUAACACCAUUUCUGACAGUCUUGGAGAAGCCAUGAUGGUAUAUUCUUUCUGUGAGGAGGAUGAGGUACUGGCUUCUUUUUUCUUUCAGCACCAGCCACCAGCUCCAUGAGUGUCUGAGCCCUUGGCAGAAAUGACUGUAACCUGUUUAGAGAAGGGUCCUCCCAGAAACCUUCUAUGGAGACAACCAUCCAAUUCUCACAAAUGGAGUCACAUUCACAAGAGGCUUUCAGGAAGGCUGGAAACAUUGGAUAAGGGAGUCUAUCUGUAGCAGGCUGGGUAAAGGCUGUUUGUGCCUUAAGGAAGAGCUCUGCAGCCCUCACUAGGCAGUUGUAACUGAAGCUGCCUUUGAAGCAUCAAUCACAGAUAACAGAAUAUCACACCAAGACUGACGUAUUUAGCAUAACUAAGACCCAGGACCAAUGAGGCUUACUGACCAAGACUAAGGCAAUGAUUGUCUGGAUAGAACUUGCCCAGCAUUUAACAUGGAGGAAAAAGUACAUGUAGCUCAUCACUGAUAGGCUUAUCAGGCUCAAACUUGGGGCUGAUGGAAGCACUUGCCAAAACGGGAAAAAAGAUGGUGACUCUGUUGUCGACAAAGUUAAUGUGAUCCAGGAGAUGAGGACUUUAUAAUUGCUGCUGUAUGGCAAAAGCAAAGGAUUUCAUUAAGUAGAUUGAAAAAAUGUGGCAUUUUUAAUAUUGCUGCAGUCUCACAAAGAUUUUGGAUGAGAAUUACUAAUCCAGGAAGGUAGAUUUUCUGAGUUAGAUACUAAGCUAAUGGUGCAGUUUAUUUCCCCCAUACAUUUGCCUGCUACAGUAUUAGCAAAGACAGACUCUUCAGAAUCAGAGACUUGCUGUACUUUUAAUACUCCAUGCAUUAGCCUCGAGGAAGGAGAGAGGUGAAAGACUAGAGGGAAGCAAUGAAAACACACUGGAGCUAUUUAUUUAACUAAACUAGCAAUUAUUUAACUAAACCUUCUAAGCCACAACACUCUGAAAAUGUUAACACCUAAUUAGUUUUUUACUCUAGGACACAAUAUUGGACUAUGGCAAACACCGAGAGUGUAGCAAUUCUGCACAGAUAUUUGUGCAGAACGUUCUUUCUUGAGAGCAAUGUAAUUGUGAGAUACCUACUCCUGAAGUACAGACAGAGCUUAUUUCUUUUCUAUGGCUGAACUAUUUGAUUACCUAAGGACUCUGAUUUGUUUGAUCUUUCAUUAUUUAUUACACCCUCUUCCCUCCACUCCAAUUUUAUUUGGUGUUUGUCUCAUCUUUGGUGGAAAACCUUAGAGGGAAGGAGAGUGAAGUAGCUGAUUUUAUGGCUCUUUUGCUUUUGCUUUUGCCAAGCACUGCGUGAUGUGGCUGGAUUGAAAAUAAAAUGUGUAAAUAAAAUACAUUUCAAAAGCUCA